AUGCGCGGCACCGACGACAUCCCCUCAACCCCCCAAACCCCCUCCACUCCCUCAUCCUCAACCCUCAUCUCCAGCCUCAAAGACAUCAAGGGUCUUGACGUCCGCGUCGUCGAGAACCCGGACAGCACCAUCGCCAAGCGCGCUCACUACGCCCCGCCCUGGGCCGACGUCAGCAUCAUCGGCAUCGCGGGCAGCUCCGGGUCCGGAAAGUCGACGCUGUCGCAGGCGAUUGUUAAGAAGCUGAACCUGCCGUGGGUGGUCAUCUUGAGUAUUGAUUCUUUCUAUAAGAGUCUGGAUGAGGAGGCGAGCAGGAAGGCGUUUAGGAAUGAGUAUGAUUUUGAUUCACCUGAGGCGUUGGACUUUGACGUCCUGGUUGAACGGUUGCAGGAUUUGAAGGCUGGCAAGCGGGCAGAGAUCCCCGUUUACUCGUUUGAGAAACAUGCCCGUCUCGACCGUACCACAGCCAUUUACUCGCCACACGUCCUCAUUCUCGAGGGUAUCUUUGCUCUCUACGAUCCUAGAGUUCUUGACCUGUUGGAUAUGAAGAUCUUCUGUGAGGCUGAUGCCGACACUUGUCUUUCGCGAAGAAUAUUGCGUGAUGUGAGGGAUCGUGGUCGUGAUGUCGACGGUAUCAUCAAGCAGUGGUUUAACUUUGUCAAGCCCAACUUUGAAAAGUUCGUCGACCCCCAAAGAAAGGUCGCCGACAUCAUUGUCCCCCGCGGCGUCGAGAACCACGUAGCCAUGACAAUGGUAACACAAUUCAUCCAACAAAAACUCCUCGAGAAAUCCCGACACCACCGCGCCGCCCUCACCCGGUUGGAAUCCCAAGCCCGCAAAACCCCCUUAUCCAAGAAAGUCGUCUUCCUCGACCAGACCCCGCAACUCCGCGGCAUGAACACCAUCAUCCACGACAUCGACACCUCCAACGCCGAUUUCAUCUUCUACUUCAACCGCUUUUGCACGCUCCUCAUCGAGAAAGCCAUGGAUAACAUCCCCUUCGCUUCAACCGUCAUCACCACCCCGCUUAACCAUUCCUACGCCGGCCUUAAACCCCGCGGUGAGGUAUCAGCCGUCGUCGUGCUCCGCGGUGGCGCGGCGUUGGAAGCUGGUCUCAAGCGCGUACUGCCGGAUUGCAAGACAGGCAGGGUACUAAUUCAAAGUAACAUGCGCACUGGAGAGCCGGAGCUGCAUUACCUCGCGCUGCCAAAGGAUAUUGCGCAGCAUGAGGCGGUACUGCUGUUGGAUGCGCAGAUGAGUAGUGGUGGCUCGGCGCUGAUGGCCGUGCAGGUGCUUGUUGAUCAUGGAGUCAAGAUGGACAGGAUCGUGCUGGCUACGUAUAGUGCUGGACGCUUGGGGCUGCAUAGGCUGACGACGGUGUUUCCGGAGGUUACGGUUGUUGUGGGAAAUGUGAUUCAGGAUGUGGAGGAGAGGUGGGUUGAGAAGAGGUAUUUCCGGUGCUGA